AUGCAAGGCUCACAACCAUUUAUGUGCUCGCAAUCGCAGCCAGUCUCUUUAUCAUCACUGCACUCACAAUCAGAGCACAAUCUGAAUAACAACAACAAUUCCGAUCCAUCUCAGAAUUCAAAUGCUUCCAACACAAAUAAGCCAUCUCCUAUGGAGACUUGCGCUCCUUGUGCCAACAAUAUCGGCAGCCCCUUACUCAGCAGUGAUACUCCAUCUACCUCAUCUCAUCCGUAUUUCGGUAAUGUUCGAAGCAGUAGUAAUCAACUGUUCACGCCAUCUUCAGCUGGUCUGAUGAAUAGUGGCGGUGCUUUCACACCACUAUCUACGGCUAAUGCUCUAUCAUCGAGUAAUUUUCAAAAUAUGAAUUUUAAUAGUGGUAUGUAUGCUCAACCAUCAGUGUCUUGUUCCAAUUCGAAUUGUUCAACUCCAUUGGGCUCAGCCACGUCAAUGCCGUAUUCACGUCAAGCUCAAACGGCUGCUGCUGCUUCGGCGAUCAGUCGACAAUUGGCGACGUUAAUGACUAGUGGCCUGUAUCCAUUUCCACCGUUAUUCUUUCCGUUCGGCAACGGUGUGAAUGCGAAUGCUGCUGUCAACCAA